UAAACAAUUUUAUUUCCCGUUGUUGACAGAAGCAGCAACAUGAUCGACCCAAGCUCCUCGGAGGAAGACAGUGAGGAUGAACACAAGAAGCAGCCCGGUAAAUUACCAGUUAUGCCACCUGCUUCCCUUGCUGGUGGGAGGCCAUCAGUACGAGGGAAGCCAGAACUGCCUCGAGGGUCCACAGCUGGUCUGCCAGGUCCAAGUCCUCUAGCAACAGCACCUUUAGCAGCGCCCCUUCACCCGGCAACAAGACAGAGGGAAGCAGCAGCGCUCGCGCCCCCGCCCCACGCAUCUUUCUUGCGCAGGACGUCCACUGGGAGUGCGAGCUCCGGGGAGGCACCAGCGCCUUCGCCGAGCCCCUCAGGUGCCAGCCAUUCUGAUAAGGACCAAGACCCUCAGGAAAAGAUCGAAAAAUUAGAAGAGGACAAAAAGCGACGCAUCCAGCUUUACGUGUUUGUGUCUCGAUGUAUCGCCCAUCCGUUCAAUGCUAAACAACCGACUGACAUGACGAGGAGACACACAAAGCUGACUCCUCAUCAACUGGAGACCAUCCAGGCUCGGUUUCAGGCUUUCCUCAAGGGUGAAACACAGAUCCUGGCAGAUGAGGCUUUCCAAAACGCAGUUCAGUCAUACCACGACGUGUUCCUCAAGUCGGAGAGGGUCGAACAGAUGGUGAAGUCAGGAGCCUGUUCCCAUCAUGACUUUAGAGAGGUCUUCAGAAAUAACAUCGAGAAGAGAGUCUCUCCAGAAAUUGAUGGAUUAAGUAAAGAAACAGUUUUAUCAUCAUGGUUGGCCAAGUUUGAUUGUAUCAUGAAGGGUACAGGCAUACCGGGAGACGAUGAGUCGAAGAGACCGUCGCGUGCGCAGCAACAGAGCCUUAACGCUGAAUGCAUUCUCAGCAAGGAACAGCUUUACGACAUGUUCCAGCAAAUACUAGGCGUCAAGAAGUUUGAACAUCAACUGCUUUUCAAUGCCCUUCUUUUGGACUCCGCCGAUGAACAAGCGGCAGCUAUAAGAAGAGAACUCGAUGGCAGAAUGCAGAAAGUUAAUGAAAUGGAAAAGAACCGCAAGUUGAUGCCGAAAUUCGUGCUCAAAGAAAUGGAGUCCCUCUACAUCGAAGAGUUGAAGAGUUCCAUCAACCUUUUGAUGGCCAACCUGGAAUCCCUCCCAGUGUCCAAGGGUGGGGCUGAUUCUAAAUACGGCCUCCAUAAAAUCAAGCGGUAUAAUCACAGAUCGAAUGCUGGACCGGAUCCGAGUCCAAGGUUGAGUAAGCAGCUGUGUUUCAGAUCGCAAGGGUCCCUUGCUAACAAGCUGACGGGGGAGGCAGACGGCACCGAAAUCGAUGCACAGCUUACAAAAAUGGAUGUAGUGCUUACGUUCCAGAUAGAGGUGGUUGUUAUGGAGGUGAAAGGUCUCAAGUCUUUAGCACCAAAUAGAAUAGUUUAUUGCACUAUGGAAGUUGAAGGGGGAGACAAACUUCAAACCGACCAAGCUGAGGCGUCUAAACCUAUGUGGGAUACCCAGGGUGACUUCAGUACGACACAGCCCCUCCCCGCUGUGAAGGUUAAGCUGUACACAGAGAACCCUGGAGUGCUGGCGCUGGAGGACAAAGAACUUGGGAAAGUGGUGCUCAGGCCCACUCCUCUAUCUAGUAAAGCGCCUGAAUGGCAUCGUAUGACAGUACCGAAGAACCUUCCUGACCAAGACCUCAGAAUUAAAAUCGCCUGUCGCAUGGACAAGCCCCUCAACAUGAAACAUUGCGGCUACCUCCACGUGAUAGGCAAGAACGUGUGGCGUAAAUGGAAGCGUCGCUACAUGGUGCUGGUGCAAGUGAGCCAGUAUACCUUCGCGCUCUGCUCCUACAAGGACAAGAAGUCGGAGCCCGCCGAGAUGAUGCAGCUCGAUGGAUUCACGGUGGACUACAUCGAGUUGGCAAGCGCCCAGCUGAUCGUCGGACAAGAACUGGAGGGUGCUAAAUACUUCAUGAACGCGGUGCGUGAUGGAGAGUCCGUUCUGAUGGGGGUCACCGAUGAGAACGAAUGUCAUUUAUGGGUGAUGGCGCUGUACCGAGCCACGGGACAGAGUCACAAGCCCACGCCACCCACCACUUCAGAUACGCACCAUAAAAUUAUGGGAGAUGCUGACAAGGCUCGUAAGCACGGCAUGGAGGACUACAUCCAGGCGGACCCCUGCCAGUACGACCACCACCAGCUGUUCUGUGUUCUACAGUCCUUGACGCUGAAGUAUCGCUUGCAGGAUCCGUACUGUUCUUUGGGUUGGUUCUCUCCCGGUCAAGUGUUCGUCCUUGACGAGUACUGCGCAAGAUACGGUGUUCGAGGCUGCUUCCGUCAUCUGUGCUACCUCUCCGACCUGCUGGAUGUGGCUGAGAGUGGAUCACAGACUGUGGACCCCACCCUCAUGCACUACUCUUUCGCAUUCUGCGCAAGCCACGUCCAUGGUAACAGGCCGGACGGAGUGGGCAGUAUUACGGUGCAGGAGAAGGAAAAGUUCGCCGAGAUCAAAGAACGCUUGAAGGCGUUGCUGCAGCAUCAGAUCACUAACUUCAGAUACGCGUUCCCGUUUGGAAGGCCCGAAGGAGCGCUUAAGGCAACACUAUCCCUCCUAGAAAGAGUUUUGAUGAAAGACGUGGUGACGCCGGUAGCGCCUGAAGAAGUGAGAGCCAUGAUUCAGACUAGUUUGGAAAAUGCUGCGCUCUUGAACUAUACGCAGCUUAGUCAGAAGGCUAAUAUCGAGGAGGAUCUAAGAGGUGAAACAAUGGUUACACCAGCUAAAAAGCUAGAAGAUUUGAUUCAUUUAGCAGAACUAUGCGUAGAUCUACUACAGCAGAACGAAGAACAUUACGCUGAGGCAUUCGCGUGGUUCUCUGAGCUGCUGGUCGAACACGCGGAGAUCUUCUGGGCUCUAUUCGGAGUGGACAUGGACAGGGUACUGGCUGAACAGCCUGCCGACACCUGGGACUCCUUCCCCUUGUUCCAGAUCCUUAAUGACUAUUUGCGGACGGAUGAAAACCUAAAAGGUGGAAGAUUUCACGAGCACCUGCGAGACACAUUCGCCCCGCUGGUGGUGCGCUACGUUGACCUGAUGGAGUCUUCGAUAGCGCAAUCGUUACAUAAAGGGUUUGAGAAGGAACGCUGGGAGAUCAAGGGUAACGGUUGCUCAACAAGUGAGGAGUUGUUCUGGAAGCUGGACGCGCUGCAGUGCUUCAUCAGGGACCUGCACUGGCCGGAGCCAGAGUUCCGCUCGCAUUUGGAGCAGCGUUUGAAACUGAUGGCCUGCGACAUGAUGGAGACUUGCAUACAAAGGACCGAAGCUUCCUUCCAGUCGUGGCUGAAGAAGAGCGUGACCUUCAUGUCGACGGACUACAUCCUGCCGGCGGAGACGUGCGCGAUGGUGAACGUCGCACUUGAUGCUAAGAACCAGGCACUGAAGUUAUGCGCCGUUGAGGGGGUAGAUAUUUAUCAGUACCAUGCGAAGAUGGACGCGCAGAUCGAGUCGUGCCUGCAGGCGAUGGCGACCGGGAUGACCACCAGGCUGUCAGCUGUUCUGGAAGCGACUCUUGCUAAGAUCGCGAGGUUUGAUGAGGGAAGUUUGAUCGGCUCAAUCCUGACGAUAGCCAACGUGUCUGGCUCCGGCAAGGACAUCGGCCAGGGAUACGUCAACUUCAUGAGGAACUCCAUGGACCAAAUCAGAUCUAAGGUGACAGAUGAGUUAUGGAUCCUGCAGUUGUUUGAACAUUGGUACGGUAUUCAAGUAGGCCUGAUCAACACGUGGUUAGGAGAGAGGCCCGCGUUGCACCCGCAACAGGUUGCAUGCCUGUCUAUCAUAUUGAAGAAAAUGUACAGUGAUUUCGAGCUGCAAGGAGUGAUUGACGACAAAUUGAACUCGAAAGUAUACCAGAAUGUGGCCGCCAGGAUGCACACUGAAGAAGCUACGUGCAGCCUACUCCUCACACAGCAAGAUGCCAGUGGUGGUGAUGACGGUGGAUCUGAGGAAGGAUCAAGGAGCGGCAAGUCGAAACUGGAGGCGCUUACCGAUGAGGCCAAGCUUGGAAACGUUACCGCUGUAGUUGGGAAGGUUAGCAACAUCUUUGGCCGUGGUAUUGGGGAGCUGUCAACGAAGCUUGGCGGGGCGUCGUCCUGGUUUUAAAUACAAUAAAUAUGUCAUAAACAAAAGUUUCUUUGCCUAUGUCGACGUGAGAUGAGAUCCGAGGGCUUUUGUUAAUGCAUCAAUACCGUCAUAGAAAGAUAACAAAAUAAGCAUUGAAUUCAUUUGUAAACCUAAUUAGUUACUUUCGAAGUGAAGAAUUAAUAUUUGGCUAUUGUAAUUGGUAUGGUGUCCAAAAUGACCACUAUUAUAUUAUCUUUAAAUAUCUUAAAAAAACAGAUCAUAUUUACAGCAAAAACUAAGCGAUGACAUGAACAAUAAAACAAUAAAAUCGUGUGUUUUAUUUCGUUUCUAUGACAGAUGCAUUAACAAACCUCAACUAUUCUGUGAUGAUAAGACAUUCGUUUGCAUUCGAUUAAUAGAAUGUUUGCCAUUUUGACUUAUCAACAUGGCGCCGGCGUCUCAAGCGCCAGGAAUAUAUAAUAAGUGGCCAGUUUACGCAUAGCUUAGUGUGAUUAUAGUGUAAACGAGAUUUAGAUUUUGUUUUAUAAAGCUUUAUGUACAGUUAGGAGUCAUUAUUCGUUUGUUGAGGGCAAAUAAAAAUGUAUAACUUACGUGUGUAUAUUAAGAGUAGUAUUUGAUAAACACGAUUCGAAAAAAUAUAUAUUAAAUUGUAACGAAAUGCAUAUAACACAAAAUGCUACAAUAAGGAAACAUAUCGCUUUGGCAAACGGUUAUAUUCAGUUGUAUUUAAUGCGAAUUGUAUUAAAAAUGAUUAAAAAUGGGGGUGGGUUGUGAGUGUGUGAACGUACGGAAUCCUUUCUCAAGUUAUAAAAGUUAUGUUUCAUAUAUUUUAAUAUUGUUAAUGACUUCUAUAUAUUACCUAUGCUACGUUGUUUUCGGCUGUUCUAUAUUUUGUACGUUCUUCAAUUUUCAUUCUAUUUACGAGUGACAAGCACGAUAAAAGCAGAGCAAAGUUUUCAAUGCAACUCUUUCUAUACCUAAGAAACAGUAUUUUUCUAAUUACAAUCCACUUUUUUAAACAUCGGUUUAAACUCUUUAAAUAAACAAUGCAUUUUUAUAAAAAUACAAAAAUGGCGCGAUACAGCUUAUUUAUUUUUCGAACUUGAAUAUUGCCUGUAAUAAGAAAAGUCCCCGCUUUUUGGGUAAAUUUGUUUUUUAUAAGAAUGCAUAUUUAAAUUUACAAGUUAGCCACUUUUCGCUAUAGUAUAAUUCUCUAUAUUUUAAUGCUCUCUAGAUUCUAAUGACAAUCUAGCGACACUUUACCUUGAUUAGUCGUCAAAAUAAUACAUAACUAUUUAUAAAAAAAAUACUAUUAAUAGUUAUAUUUGUUAACAAAAUAAUAUUCUUCUACGCUAAACACCUUACAAAUUUUUGAACUAGGAAAAAAUUUAAAGUUCUUAGAUGAAAGUUUAAUGAUUAAAUAGCGAUUAGUCGCUAUGCUGAUUCGCCUUACUAAUGUCUUGUUCGGAACGGCUUGGAAAAUAGAAUACUCGUCUCACUAUGUUUAGUGUCAUUCUCACUUUGUUUCCCUUCUCUUAUAAGUUCAUUCACAAUCAAAAUUAAGCUUGGAAGCUUCCAAAUUAUAUAACUUAGAGUAAUAUACAAAGUGUGUGUUCUCAGAAGUAGGUCCGUCGAGUAACAAAUAUGUAUUAGUGAAAGAGUCCGAGUAUAAUCGCAGUAUAAUGAAAUAUUGAGAUGUUGACUGUGUAUACAGAUGUCCAGCACUUGAAGACAUGGUGAAGAGUUGUAUGUAGUUAUUCCCAAUAUUUUAUCAUAACACGAGAGGUAUAUAACACGUAAAUAGGACUGUAUCGGCACUGUAUCAUGUAACGAAAGUAGUGCUCAUAUAUUGAAUGUAAGGAAUAAUCAAAUCGAUAUACUUAACCAAUGUUACAUCUGUAUUGUUUUGUAGUUGUCAAGUUUAUUUUAUUCCCUCUUGUUAUUUGUUGGUGAAAUAAUUUAAUAAUUGUUUUUAAACUUAUCAAAGCCAGUACCUCAGAAAAACUUUUCAAAAUUGGAACUAUUUUACAGAAAAAAAAUCUCUUGAAAGUUAUUUCUUCUGUUAAAGCUAAAGUCUUUGAUCUAAUAAAUUAAAUAGGUACUGGCUUUUAUACUUUCGUUAAAAUUUCAAAUAUUAUGUUAGGUAUCGAGCUCAAUAGAAUGAAAUUGUCAGUUUUGUAGUGACCAAGUGCAUUAUACGAGCUGACUGAAGAUGUAACUUCGUAGUAACAUGCUUUUAUUAUUUCGCCAAAUGGAAAACUCGCAAUGUCUUUCUUAAAACACUAAUGUACGUGCCUAUUUCAAGAUAAUUCAUUACAACAGAUAAAUAGUAUUGAAACGAUGGAGUUGCGAGUUUUCUUGAACGCUUUGAAAAGCCAUCGAGUGCAUCGCGUGUGUAAGGGGAUACAAUAAAAAAUAUUUACAAUAAAAAUGUUUACUGUUC